AUGGACAACCCACAAAGCUCGUGGGCUGCACAGGCUCCCGCCCCGGACAAGUCCAGCGAGCUCUACAUAAGAGACCAUCCGCACCGAUCCAUCGCAAUAGUCUCGUCGUCGCACGCCCUGAUUCUUCGGUACAGCUCGGUCGCGAGCAGCGAAACACCUCAUAAUGGCUCGGUAACCUCGCUGCACUCGCUAAAGUCUCGUGGAGGCACCGAGCUGCAGACGGCCAAGUGCAUGGUGGAGUUUGCUGCCAUCUCGAGCCAGCUGAGCAAGCAUUAUCGUCCCUUGACCUCGACACCGGUGUAUGGCACUUUGGGGCUGAUAUCCGUCAACGGCCAAGUCUUUCUCUCCAUCAUCACUCGAGCCUUCAGGGCUGCCACCGUCCGACCAGGUGAAACCGUGGAAAGGAUAUCAGCGGUGGAGUUUUACUGCCUUAGCAGUGCAGAUUAUGACGACGUUGUACCUCUGGACACAGCCGAGCCCGAUUUCUCAGACGCCCUGUCGACGUACAGCACUCAGUCGGGGUAUGGGCAAAGUCUAGGUCGCCGAGACGUUGCCAUUGAACACCCAUGCCAUGAGCUGCGAAAGCUGCUCAGCAAUGGGUCUUUUUACUACAGCACUGACUUUGACUUGACGAAUAGACUGCAAGACAGAUAUAUCAACUCCAACUCCUUCGACAUUGACAACUUUGAUGACAACUAUCUGUGGAAUUCGUUCAUGAUCCGUCCCUUGCUUGAGUUUCGGUCCCGUCUCAUGCCGCAAGAAAGGGAAGCUCUUGACUUUUCUCGCAUUUUAACAUCCGCAACAAGAGGCUUCUGCAAAACAAUGGUCAUACCUCAAAGCGCGUCUCCCAUUCGGGAACCCAAGAAUGGAAUGCCGUCGUAUCUCAGUCUCAUUUCUCGUCUCUCUUGCCGUCGCGCGGGUACCCGAUUCAACUCCCGAGGCAUCGACGAUGAUGGACACGUGGCCAACUUUGUGGAAACGGAAACAAUAUUCAGCAGCCCAGGAGGCACGCUGUUCUCCUAUGUGCAAGUCCGCGGCUCUGUGCCUGUGUUUUGGGAACAAGCUGCAGACCUCCUACCUGGGCGUCAAAAGAUCACCGUCACCAGAUCACCCGAGGGAACUCAGCCUGCCUUCAAUAAGCACAUCGAAGAUCUAGAACAAGUGUAUGGAGCGGUCCACAUUAUCAACUUGCUGAGCGACACAAAGCCUGCAGAGGUUGAGCUGAGCACACUGUAUCGCAACGCCAUCGGCCACUGUCCCUACAGCCAGUCCAAAAGCGGCGAUGCGGAGCAUGCUUUACUGAGAGAUACUCACUACGAUUUCCACGCCGAGACCAAAGGACCGGCCGGGUACGAGGCAGCCAAGGAUAUUCGUCGACACAUAGCAAACUCCACCGACGGCUUCGAGUAUUUUCUUGCCGAGGAAUCAGACGACCCAGCCGAAAAGGCCAUUGACACCUAUCGCAAACGGAUGGUGGUGGUUUUGCAGCAAGAUGGCGUGUUCCGCACCAACUGCUUGGACUGCUUGGACCGAACCAAUCUCAUCCAAACGCUCAUCUCCCAGAUGGCCGUGGAAACGUUUCUUGUCGCUCACAAAAGCGACUACGCGGCGUCCGAUUUCUGGAUGCGGCACUCCAGCCUUUGGGCUGACAAUGGCGACUCCUUGUCAAAGAUAUAUGCUGGAACCGGAGCUCUCAAAUCGUCCUUUACCCGCCACGGCAAAAUGUCUCUGGCUGGUGCCAUGGCAGACGUGCGUAAAUCCGUGCAGCGCAUCUACCACAACAACUUCAUCGACCCUUCACGGCAGGUGACGAUUGACAUGCUCCUCGGCCGGCUGAUCGGGCAGGCUACGGUGCUCUUGUUCGACCCCAUCAGUGACUACGUCUCAGCGGAGCUGGCUAAGCGAAGCGAUGAGUUUACCAGGUCGGAAUGCACCACCAUAUGGACCGGCACCUUUAACCUCAAUGGUCGUACAGACGGAAUCGACCACGACCUGUCACCUUGGCUCUUCGGUCCCGGCAGCGGCGUGGAGCAACCUGACAUUUACGUCGUUGCCUUCCAGGAGAUUGUGGAACUGAGCCCUCAGCAAAUCAUGAACAGCGAUCCUUCCAGGAAGCACGUGUGGGAGGAAGCCGUGAAACGGACGUUGAACCACAGGCAGGCCACCCUGGGCGGAGACAGAUAUGUGCUCCUGAGGAGUGGGCAGCUGGUUGGAACUGCUCUGUGCAUCUUCGUCAAGAAGGCCCGGUUAAAGCUGAUCAAGAACGUUGAAGGAAGCGUGAAAAAGACUGGUCUCUCGGGAAUGGCUGGGAACAAGGGCGCGGUGGCUAUACGGUUUGACUACGCCAACGCGCACAUCUGCUUCGUGACGGCGCAUUUGGCGGCGGGAUUUUCCAAUUACGACGAAAGGAACAGGGACUACGCCACGAUUCAUCACGGCCUACGCUUUCAACGGAACAGAGGGAUCGAAGACCACGAUGCCAUCAUCUGGCUGGGGGACUUUAACUAUCGCAUCGGUUUGGGGCUGGAGAAGGCAAGAGCUUUGGUCAAGGCAAGAGAUCUGGCAACGUUGUACGAAAACGACCAACUCAACCUCCAGAUGGUUGCUGGCCUAGCCUUUCCGUUUUGCUCGGAAGCUCGAAUCAACUUUAUGCCAACGUACAAGUUUGACGUGGGAUCAGACAACUAUGACAGCUCUGAAAAGGCGCGAAUCCCCGCCUGGACAGAUCGCAUCUUGAGAAAAGGAUCAAACCUGAAACAGCUCUCGUACGACUCAGCCCCGCUCAGAUUUUCCGAUCACCGCCCCGUGUACGCGACUUUCGAGUGCAGGGUCAACAUCGUUGACGAGGAAAAGCGCGAAAACAUCAGCAAGGAGCUGUAUCAGCGGCGCAAAGCGGAUGUGGGAGAUUUGACCGCGCAUCUCGCAGAGGGCGAGGAGUCGGAAGACGAAGAGCUGAUUGAAUAUGACGCGAUUGAACCAAGCCUGCCGCCAGCCAGCUCUGAUCGGCAAAAGUGGUGGCUGCAUAACCGACAGCCAGCCCGAGCGCAGGUUGCAGUGCCUACCGGACGAGACGGCCUGCCGAUGGCGUUGAAUCCGCAGCGCCCUUCGAACCCAUUCGGACCAAGUGAAGAGCCCGACUGGGUAUCGGUGCCGAGAUGCUCUCCAGGCCUCUCUAGUUUAUCCAGCUCGCCUUACGAAAAGUUAUCGCCUCCAAAGGCGCUCGUCGUCGGACACGGGCAGGGAACAGGGCCAAGGAAACAGCUGCCGCCGCCGCCGCCGCAUGAUCCGUCCAAUCUGCCGGCACAGGCUGGACAACUGAAGCUGAGCCACGGGCAGAGCCGAAAUGGCCAGCCUGAUGUCGGCAAGACCUCCUCAUUCCCAGCAGCAAGAACAUCACCACCGCCACUUCCUCCGCCAAGACGACAACAAACAGCAGGUUCGAGGCCAAACGCAACGGAAGCAGAAUCGGCGUCAGCAGCAUUUCCCCGCGAGGUCGACCUGCCCAGGAGGCAGACACUACCACCACGGUCAACCAGCCCGCGGGAAGCCUUGGGAUCAACUCCAGCCAGGCAGCUGCCAGUGCCGCAAGUUUCACGGCGACCUGUCGGCAAAAGCGGCAAACCUCCCCCGCCGGUGGGCAAGAAACCAGCCUAUCUUGCGACGAGUUUGCCGGCAUUGCAGACAAUCAAUGGCGGCUCUGGGGCGGGCAGCUCUGCUCGCAGUCAAGAAGACUCGUCCACGUCGGCGCCUCCGCUGCCCGCGCGUUCGGCGUCUGGGGUGUCUCGAGCGAAUUUCCAGGCACCGCUGGGGACGAAGGCUGUUGGCAUUGCGCAGCAGCAGCAGCAGCAACAGCAGCAACAGCAGCAACAAGCGUCAUCUUGCUUGGGACGCUCGUCGGGACGCUCAUCAGUUGGCGGUGGCGGGUACUAA